AUCUUUCGUCACGCUAUAUAAGCAUGGCUCUGGCACUGCCGGGGGAGGUGGAGUGCAAGGUAGAGUGGCACACCCAGACAGUUCCCCAUGGCUUCAGAGGUGCAGAAGAAGAAGGGAUCAGAGACGGCCCCUGCAUCUUCCGAAAUGCAAGGCAAAAACAAGCCUCAAGAAACUAUGCCUGUGCCCUCUGACCUGCAGAACCAGAAGAAGGGUCCAGAGAUCCCCAAGUCACCUGUGGGGCUGCUGAGAAAGAGGGGUCAGGAAGUGGUCCCGAAGAUGCAGCCGGCUAUGAUGAUGUUCUCCAGCAAGUACUGGGCACGUCGAGGAUUAUCUUUGGAUUCAGCCAUGUUUGAUCAGCAGCAUCUUGGCAACAAUAUGCUUCGCAGGACAUCCUUUGGUCGUAUAGACGAGAAACCAGACAAAGAGGGAGGCUCCACUCUUGAUCCCGGGAAAACAGCAGUGAUUUUCUCUCUGAAGAACGAGGUGGGCUGUCUGGUGAAGGCCCUACGGAUCUUUCAGGAGAAGCAUGUGAAUUUGGCCCACAUUGAGUCACGCAAAUCGAAGCGAGUCAACACGGAGGUGGAGAUCUAUGCGGAGUGCAGCUGCACUAAGAAGGAGUUCAAUGAGCUGGUGCAGCACCUUAAAGACCACGUCAACAUCAUCUCGUAUAACACACCUCAACAUGUGUGGUCUGCAGAGACCGACUGUUUGGACUGUGUGUGUGUUUUGGGUGGGUUGCCAGAUGGGGAAGGAGUGCCCUGGUUUCCCCAGAAGAUCUCGGAGCUGGACCAGUGCUCUCACAGAGUGCUCAUGUACGGCUCGGAGCUGGAUGCUGACCACCCGGGCUUUAAAGACAAUGUGUAUCGACAGAGGAGGAAGUACUUUGUGGAGGUGGCGAUGAACUACAAAUUUGGCCAACCCAUCCCACGCAUUGAGUACACGCCAGAGGAGGUGAAGACUUGGGGAGUGGUGUUCCGGGAGCUGACUAAACUGUACCCCACCCACGCCUGCCGCGAGUACCUGAAAAACCUCCCACUGCUCACAAAGUAUUGUGGAUACCGAGAGGACAACAUUCCUCAGCUUGAAGAUGUGUCUCUCUUUCUAAGAGACAGGUCAGGAUUCACAGUGCGACCUGUGGCAGGAUACCUGUCACCUAGAGACUUCCUCGCUGGACUGGCAUACCGAGUGUUUAACUGCACUCAGUAUGUGCGUCACAGCACUGAUCCGCUCUACACACCAGAGCCGGAUACCUGCCAUGAGCUCCUGGGUCAUGUGCCACUCCUAGCAGAUCCAAAGUUUGCUCAGUUCUCGCAAGAAAUCGGCCUGGCCUCCCUAGGAGCUUCAGAUGAAGACGUGCAGAAGCUGGCUACAUGCUAUUUCUUCACCAUUGAGUUUGGCUUGUGCAAACAAGACGGCCAGCUGAGAGCCUAUGGAGCAGGGCUGCUGUCCUCCAUUGGAGAGCUAAGGAAUGCCUUAUCAGACAAAGCUUUGGUGAAGCCAUUUGAUCCCAGGACCACGUGCUACCAGGAGUGCCUCAUCACAACUUUCCAAGACGUUUACUUUGUGUCAGAAAGUUUUGAAGAGGCCAAAGAAAAAAUGAGAGAAUUUGCCAAAUCAAUCAAGAGGCCCUUCUCUGUCUACUACAACCCCUACACCCAGAGCAUUGACCUUCUGAAGGACACCAGGAGCAUUGAGAAUGUGGUGCAGGACCUCCGCAGUGACCUCACCACAGUCUGUGACGCCCUGGGAAAAAUGAACAAGUACCUCGGCAUCUAGAACUAUAUGAAAUUUGUCUAAGUGAACAGGUUUCAGAUUAAUUAUAUGUAAAAUGCUUUGAGAUUUUCUGCUUUGAACU